CUUCCAUCCCUCUGAAUCUCUGUUCAUCAGCAAUGGCGAACGCCAAGUACUCUGCUCUCGCAGUUGUUCUGUUAUUAACAGGCAGUGUGGUGUUUGGAUUGGUGAAGCUUGCGGACGCCAAAAUUUGCCCGGAGUUUUGCCUGCAAGCAGAGUACAUGACGUGCAACUCCACGGGCGGUGAGAGGCUGAAGGCUGCGUGCAACUGCUGCUUCGCUCCACAAAGGGGAUGCUCCAUUCACCUCCUUAAUGGACGCCAAAUCAACUGCACUUAAAAUUGCUCUGCGCUUGUGUGUAGCAGCAGAUGUUUGUCACUCUGUUCCAAAUGCUUUGACUAAUGCAUCCAAAUAGAAGAUCUUGCCCCCGAGAAUGUAGAAUUAGUUUUAUUUUAAUUGUAUUCUCUUCCUCA